GUUAGGUGGAUAUAAGAAGCUGAGGCGUGAGCAGGAGCUUCAUUGAAAAGGUAGAACAGCUUAACAGAAUUUUCACUCAAUGCACAGGACAGCCACUUCUGGAGCAGAAAAUGAAUCCAUCCGCCCUGCUUUGUGUAUUGUUGAUUGCCGCUGUUCUGGAUGUGGCUUCAACGAGGACAGAAACAAGGCAGCCCCAGACUCUCUCCAGAGGGUGGGGUGAUGGGAUUUUGUGGGUCCAAACCUAUGAAGAAGCUUUAUUAAAAGCAAGAAAAAGUCAAAAACCUCUUAUGGUAAUCCACCACCUGGAUGAAUGUCCCCAUAGCCAAGCACUCAAGAAAACUUUUGCUGCUGAUUCAGCAGUGCAGAAGAUGGCCCAGGAAGACUUUAUCAUGCUCAAUCUGAUGCAUGAAACCACAGACAAUAACUUGGCUCCAGAUGGUCAUUACGUUCCCAGAAUUAUCUUUGUUGAUCCUUCUCUGACUGUAAGAGCUGACAUUGCUGGGCAGUACAGCAACAGACUAUACGCUUAUGAACCAGAGGAUAUGAUAACCUUGGCAAAAAACAUGGUGAGAGCUAAGAAACUGCUCCACACUGAGCUUUAAGAGCCUGAAGCCCCUGCCCAUCGCCAAGCUGUUGCUGAGGUUGCACUGGACAAUGUAUCAAUGGAUUUUAAUACAAUAAUGAUGUGAUAUACACUAUAUAUAUAUAUAUAUAUAUAUAUAUAU